GAAACGAUGCCGUUUGCCUUUUCUUUUAGAUGACAUUGCAUUUUCUCCUAGCUUCAGCAGUGAGAAAGUAAGAAGAAGGCUGUAGAGAGAGGGAGAUCCAAACAAGAGAAAUAAAAGAAAUGAGCGUAGCAGCAGCGGGCUACCUGGCUCGAAGAGCAGCACAGAAGGAGAGAGUGAGGAUCCUCUACCGCCGUGCUCUCAAAGACACUCUUAACUGGGCUGUCCAUCGCCACCUCUUUUACGAAGAUGCUGAUCUUCUCCGCGCGAGGUUCGAGAAUAACAAACACGUGGAAGAUCCGGAUACAAUCGAUAGAAUGAUAUCAGAUGGCGAGGCGCAAUAUAAUAAGUGGCGCCAUCCUGAUCCUUAUAUUGUUCCUUGGGCUCCUGGCGGCAGCAAGUUCACUCGGAACCCAACUCCACCUGAAGGGAUUGAGAUAGUAUAUAACUAUGGCCGAGAAGAAAAUGACUAAACAGCUCUUUUUUUCACAUGCAAAAAUAAAGGAACUCGUCAAGUUCAUUCCUCUAACAGUGAAGUUGGAGCCAUAAUGUUCUUACAAUAGCUGCAACUUUGUCUCCUGUGCAGAUUGAGGUGAUCUAUGAUUGCUCCAGAAAUCAAAUCCAGCAUCCGCUUUGUGUAAUUCAAGUCAAGGCAGAUAGUGGACAUUGUGGUUCUCAUUUUUCACUGUUAUGUAUUUUGUUUUUUCUCUGAACAUAUAUUUGUGUCCUGCAAGUACCAAGUAUUCAUGAGAUGGUGCAUAACUGGAUUGAAAACGAAUCCUUCAAGUGAAUAAUAACUUUUUUUAA